AUGUCGGGGAGACGAGGUCGGGCUCGAAAAGCCCGAGCCAGGAGGGCGGGCAAGGCACAGCAGGCCUCCGGUCAGCGGGGCCCUGCGGCCCAGCCCCCGCCCCCUGCCGCCGGGGGCCCUCAAGACGAGGUGGGGGUGGGCCCUGCGGGGCACGUGACCGGCAACAAGCCAGCUGCCCAGGGACACCCCAGGGUGGCCACGCCAGAGCAGCCACAAGCAGCCGAGCGGCCAGUGCAGGCCACCGCUCCGGGGUCCGAGCUGGUGUUAGUCCCCGCUGCGGACAUGGAAGGCUGUGGGGCGGGCGGCCUUGCCCCGGGCCUGGGCCCCGAGCUGCUGAGGCUUCACGAGGUCCAGCUGUGCCUGGCCCAGGAGCAGCUGCUGCUGGAGGACCGGCGGCGGCAGGUGCAGCUGCAGAUGCAGCUGUGGCAGGAGGAGCAGCUGUGGAGGGAGCAGCUGCGGCAGGAGGAGCAGCUGUGGAGGGAGCAGCUGUGGCAGGAGGAGCAGCUGUGGCUGCAGCAGCUGCAGGAGGAGCAGGCCUGGGUGCGCGUGGAGGGGCUGGAGCUGGCCAUGGCCCUGGAGCAACUCCGGAGCGAGGGCCUUGAGGUGCUGCAGACCCAAGGCCAGGGGACCCGGGCGUCCCGGCCAGGGGACCCGGGCAGGCGGCUGCAGGAGCCGUCCGGGGCAGUGUCGGGGUACACAGGGUGA